CCGGUUCUUGCGAACUUCCACAUCAACUCCUGCUGGUGAGCCCAUUGAUAAAAGUCUGAAUUACCAUUUAAAUGGCUCACUAUUUUAAGCUGAGAUGUUGUACAUGUCCAGAGGAGAAGGAACAACAAAAGAAGAGGAGACAUGAGCAAAAACUGAAGUGAAAGGUUUAUAUUAUACAAGUUCACCAGACCCUUAUUUUGGUAGUCUACUGCUUAUUAUCUUGGAGCGUUGCGUUUUUUCGAGCAGCACUUGAACGCACCUGUGUAGUUUGAAGAACUCGUGUUGCUGCAGCCUGCGAGCCUAAAACAACGAGACCAAGCAAAGCAUGAUCGGCUAGUCUAAACUGCACUUUUACUCCAGUGAACCUGCGCAUUGGAGGUUUUCAAAGCACUGUCUUAAAUGGAGCUAGAGGACCAAUGGUGGAAGGGACAACUUGCUGCAGAUAUUUACCAGGCGCUCAGAUGCAAAGAGCUCAAACUGCCGUCCUACAAAGGCCAGUCCCCUCAGCUGAACCUCAGGCGAUACUUUGCAGACCUCAUCGCCAUCAUCUGCAACCGCUUCUGCCUUUGCCCCGCGGCCAGACACCUGGCCGUCUACCUGCUGGACCUCUUCAUGGACCGCUAUGACGUCACCAUGCAGCAGCUCCACAUGGUCUCUCUGUCCUGUCUCCUUCUGGCAAGUAAAUUUGAGGAAAGGGAGGACCGCGUGCCGAAGCUGGAGACCCUGAACAGCCUGGGCUGCAUGAGCUCCAUGAACCUGGUCCUGACCAAGCAGGCUUUGCUCCACAUGGAGCUGCUGCUGCUGGAAACCUUCAGCUGGAACCUGUACCUUCCCACCGCAGCUCACUUCAUUGAUUACUAUUUGUCCGUCGGCGUCCUGGACGGAGAUCUGCAUGACGGCUGGCCCAUGGUGAGCCUGGAGAAGCCCAAGCUGUACAUGGCCAAGUACGCAGACUACUUCCUGGAAGUCUCCUUGCAAGAUCACAUCUUUUUGUGCUUUGCUCCGUCGCUGGUGGCGGCCGCCUGCGUGGCGGCGUCCCGCCUCAUCCUCCAUCUUUCCCCCAGCUGGCCGGCCCACCUGCAGCGCCUCACCGGCUACGCCUGGGAAAACCUCACACCCUGCAUGGAGAAGCUGCUCAUUGCACAUGACAGUGAUGUGAAGGAGGCCAAUAAGCAGCAGUGCCUUCAGCAGCAGCACAGCCAGGCGCUGCUCCACAGUUCAGGCCAGCCAGCCACUGCGUCGCAGUUCCUGCAGCUGCCCUCCAUGCAGUUCCCUCAGAAAGCCCUGCAGGCAGGCCCGGCCGCCGGCCACAGGUCUGCAUCCUACCUGCAAGGCCCCGGCGGCCCCCAGCAGAGCGACACGCAAGCCUCCGCCGCCUGUCUGGACCUGAAGCCCGGCGUUCCCAGCCGGGCGUACCCGGUCAGCAUGCACUACAGCUACCAGGCGCCGUGCUUCGACAGAUAAUCGUCGUUUUAGCGGAGAGCCAGACGCAAUCGUUUGAACGUACAGAAUGUUGUUUUUAAUUCCCAGAGACUUGAUAAGAUUUGUGCAGCACUUUGAGCCGUUCAGUGUGCAAUACAUGAGGAUGUUUCUUUUCUUAAUGUUUGAGAUACAGAGUGAAUGUCAAUGCGCUGUUUUGCACCAAUCUCUGCUAGACCAAAAAGCCUUGUGUUCAUUUUAUGCCAACCUGAAGUAUUAAUUACCCUGUGUUGAAAGUUAAGACAGCAGGAGCCAAAAGGGGGGGAUUUAUGUCAAAGUUUGUGGUUUAACUUAAGAGUUUUUGUUGCGUUGUUCUUUUUUUAAUUUUUUUUCUCUAGUUGUUAGGGCAAAUGUCAAGAACAAAGAUGGUAGAUGCUGCAGCACGUGAAAAUUAUCCCCCGAGUUUCAGUCAGCUUCUAUUGUCCUUUUAAAUAAAACGCAAACCUGUGUUGAUGAUCCGGUUCGGGGGGGAAAACAUUACAACUUGAAAUUCUGUCGGUUUCACUGUAUAAAAAUCCUUAAAAAUGGAUGACUGCAA